AUGCUCAUGAACGUCUAGACGUGGAUUACUUCAUCGAGUACGCGCAGAUAGCUGAAAGUGCCAAAUUCGAAACAUUGUUUCUUGCAGACGGUGCCAGUUUCCCUGCCGGACCGUUGGCAAAGCAUUUCUGGAGUGUCAGCCACUUUGAACCAGCAACUCUGUUCUCAGCGAUCGCAGCGCGCACGAAGAACAUUGGAUUGGUGUACACUGCUAGCGUCAGCGACAACGAGCCGACACAUGUUGCGAGGCAGCUUGCAAGUCUCGACCACAUUAGCCACGGCCGAGCUGGUUGGAACGUUGUCACCACACCAGGGCCAGGUUCCGGGAACUUGGGAGUGCCACCUGAAGAAACUAAGAGUAGUCCCGCCAAAUACGCCAGGGCGAAGGCAUUUCUAAGUGCUGUCAAAUCUCUGUGGGACAGUUUUGAGGACGACACACUGCUCAGAGACAAGGAGAGCGGAGUCUAUGUUGAUUUGAGCAAGGUACAUUGGCCUAGCAUCGAUGACGGAUUCUACAAGAUUACACAACCAUUGAGCAUUGAGCGCCCGAUCCAGGGUCACCCUGUGAUUGCCCAAGCUGGUACGUCCCCUGAAGGGAUAGAGUUCGGCGGGUCCACGGCAGAUUUGAUCUACUGCGCAAACUACUCGAUACCAGAUGGACAGAAAACCUAUAGAGCCCUCAAGGACGCAGCCAUAAAGGCAGGAAGAGAUCCUGAUCAUCUGGUUAUCCUAACGGGUGUCGCCGUGAUUUGGGGCGAAACGCAAGAGGAAGCAGAGAGGAAACUUAAAGAGGUCACCUCCUUAUGGCCUAUCGAAGUAGCAGUACAAAACCUUCACAUUGGGUUUGGGAAUGCAGACAUAGAUUCACCUUUCCCGGAUGAAUAUGACCCUGGAUUUUCCAGCGGCCGAGCGGCCGCCAUUGCCUCUUUUGCGCGAUCAAACAAGCUCACAAUACGUCAGACAGCCGAGCGUUGUUCCAUUGGGCUUGGGCAUAGACCAUUGAUUGGGACCACUCAAUCCAUCGCUGAUGAUCUGCAGGCUUGGUUGGAGGCGGACGCGACAGACGGGUUUGCUGUUAUCCAGCCACUCCUACUUGACGGACUUCGCGACUUUACCACUCACAUUGUGCCUGAGCUUGUACGCAGGGGACUAUUCCGAUCUGAGUAUGAAGGACAAACAUUAAGAGAGAACUUGGGUUCUCCGAGACCGACUAA